AUGGUAAAAGAUAGAUAUAAUCUGCAUGUGCUAUUUGGUUCAGGUAAGAGCGCACCAAGUGGCGAUUGGGGAGCUCAACAACCUGCCUCCAUCCAGGCCGCGUACCAGAAGACCUGCAACAUCUUCUUCCACAAGGACAUCAAAUCCGCCGUCGCGUCCCAGCAGAAGCAACUUGAUAUCGCCAAGGCGAAGCUGCAGAAGCUAGAUCAGGCAUCAUGA